AUGGCGGCGCCUGGGCCUGCGGUACGCACACUACGUGCUGUGCAGCCGCUUACGCAAGGGCCUAGCCCGGUAGAAGAUCCGUAUUUGGAGGGUGGAGCACUCAACCGAUACUACCUGUCGCUGCGCUCUGGGAUUCCCUCCCAGGUAGACUGGGCCUUGUCACGCUUGACUGUGUACACGUACGACAUGGCGGAAAAGUUCCUGCUUUCGCAGUUCCCUGGUAUGGCCGAUGCCCUGGCCGAGUAUGUGCGGCGUUGGUGUGCUGCGAAGCGUGGUCUGCCUCGGUCGGCGUGGGAUCAGAUGCAGCGUGGUGAGCUUCUCAAUGGCUAUCGCAUAGAUCAGGGGAUUGGCUAUGGUGAUGAUGGGAGUCAGGGUCUUGCUCUUGCAAGCGUGCGUCUCACAGCCUCGUCAUCCAAGGCACGACGGUUACGCGAUCACGUUGCGUUCCAGCCACAUGUCUACGCCCAGGACGCGGCGUUGGAACGACGCGCAGCCGAUGCCAUGCUGAUCCUACGCAAUCUUUCGCUCACACCUGAGAAUGUGGCAUUCCUUGCGCAAGUGCCAGGCAUUCUUGAGCUGAUUUGGCAUACAGUCUCGCUGGACGAUGUGGAUGAAUGCGUGGAUAUUCCACUGCAUAUGCUAGAAAUUCUGGAAUGCGUGGCACCGCAUAUGAUGGUCAGCGACUGGGUACGUGAGAAGUUCGUACAAGCGGCUGCGGUCGAUGGGCCCAAGUACUUGGAAGAUCGCAUAUUUGCGCGCCUGUACGAGUACGUCCAAACGACCGACGAUCGUGCGUACCUGCUAGGCGCCUUACGAUGCCUUCGUGCGCUGGCCUCGCAUCCUUCCAAUGCGUCAGCACUCGCGGAAGUGGAUCCGACAUUGCAGCCUACGUCGCUGCAGCUCAUGUCUCGCUGCCUCAUGCUCCUGCCACUCACCCAAGAUCCUGAGCUUCUCGAAGCAAGUUUGGAUCUCUUAUACCAGUUGGUGGCGAUUGGCGAUAAUGCGCUAGCUCUGGGCUUGCAGCUCACAGCGCCGAGAACGCACGCGGUAGUCCAAUUUCUCACACGGAACCUGUCGCUGGGCAAGUCGGUGUGGGAACGCGAUACGCCGCUCACGGCGAACGCUACCGCUUGGUGGGCCCCUGACAUUCCCAACAUGGCCCGCAUCAAGCAGCGACGUGAGAUGGAGCUGCGUGAACGCAUGACGGCCGAAGAACGCGCACGCUGGAAAGUCCUCCCUGCCGACGUCCAAGCAACCAUCACAGCUAUGCCGGAGCCGCAACGUGGCAUUGAAUGGAUGAAAACGCUCUUUGAGCCAGACGCCCAAGGCGAAGUGACGCAGAUGGACUUUUGGAUUGCGUACCGCGAUCAAUUUACCCCGGCCGCCCAAGCCGGCGCAGCGCCGCUGCAGCCUGCUGCCAACUUGAUUCGCAAUGUAUCGCAGGCGUUCCCAGGCGCGUCCGCCAUGGUCAUCCAAGGCGUGCAAGGCGCACAGCCGCGAUUUGUCAUUCGUGGGAUUGCGCCGCGACUGCGCUACACACCGACCCCGCAGUGCCCGUGGCCAGGUAGCGCCCCUACUACGACAUGGGCCGAAGUUCGAACGCAGCUUGAAGCCAUGGUCGCCCAGACGACCGAUGGCGUGUGCCGCUGCGUUGGAUGUCCCUUUGUGGCGACAGAGGAGGAAGAGGAAGCACGGCGUGCCACUCUACGUCGCCACGUCCUAACGCAUCUUCCGCCGCCUAGGGAGCCUGCGGAUCGCGCGCCGUCCGCUGCGAUGGCGAUGUCCACGCAGGAGCAUCCCGGUGUGAUUAGCUUUGAUGUGGAGCGCACACCCUCGGUCCCGACGGCUUUGCCUGGGGAGCCGCCGUCGCCAUGUGGUGUGGCGUUUUUGUCGCUGCUCGUGCUUCGCUUCGUCACGCGUGCCGCUGCUGACGUGCUGCGUCGGCAUGGCUACGGAUGUCCGAACUAUACCUAUGGCGGUGCCAUGGAACCUGUUCGUGCUGCCUCGGAGCGUGGCGAACUGUUUGGCUUUCCGAUGGCGCCGUUGGCGGGCGGCGACUCAGCAACGUCCAAGGCGGACGGCGCGUCGGAUCAGGACGAGCGGUGGACCAACGCCGCGAUUCAGAUCAUGGAGGCCGUCGCAGGGGUGGAAGAAGAACUAAUGGCCAUUUCUCUGCGCAACGAUAUUCUAUGCCGCCUCGCCAACGAUACGUUGAUCGCGAUUCGGCCUCAUAUCGCGCCGGCGUCAGCGGCAGCUACAGAGGAUAUGUAG